AUGUCACAGGGAGCAUAUCAGGCGGAACGAGACCUCAAUUUGUACCAGGCAAAGACCGGCCGAGGGAAGAAUAUCAGUGAUACCAGGUCGUUUUCCCGCCUUUUUAGUAGCUGUUCUCGCCCUUUAACACUUUCCACUAUACUAGCCCAAGAAUCCGGCGUCGAUGCAGAUGUAGAGAAUAGAUUCCCGGGAUCAGAGGUGAGGGUAGGACCCGGCUCGACCGCCAGUGGGAGUGAUAACUGUGUGAUUCCGCCUGAAGAGGGUGGUGAAUUCGACGACCGGGGACACGUGAGCAAAGCAAGGGGCUUCCUUGAGCCGAACAAGGAAGAUUGA